CAGAGUGAGUCUCAUCAGCUGGCAAGCAGGAUUCAGUGUCUGUGGGUUCAGGAGUCCUCGGGCAGCAAGGGGACUUGAUCCUCAGUCCCCAUCACCGCCCCCUCCCUUCCCUACCAGGCAGCCGCGAGAGGCCCCUGGCCCGGGGAAGGCCAUGCCUCAUGGCUCCUGUGUCUGUCCAUGAGGGCCUGGCGCCCUGACCCUCCUGCCUAGGUUCCUGCUUUUUCUCUCUGUCUUUGGCCAGCUGGGGGAGGGGGCCAAGGCUGGGUGGGCAACAUGGCCCAGAGCAGGAGGCACGUGUAUAGCCGGACGCCCAGUGGCAGCAGGAUGAGUGCGGAGGUGAGCGCCCGGCCUCUGCGAGUGGGCUCCCGUGUGGAAGUGAUUGGAAAAGGCCACCGAGGCACUGUGGCCUAUGUUGGAGCCACUCUCUUUGCCACUGGAAAAUGGGUCGGCGUGAUCCUGGAUGAGGCAAAAGGCAAGAACGAUGGAACUGUACAAGGCAGAAGGUAUUUCACAUGUGAAGAAGGACAUGGUAUCUUCGUGCGCCAGUCCCAGAUCCAGGUAUUUGAAGAUGGAGCAGAUACUACUUCCCCAGAGACACCGGAUUCUUCCGCCACAAAGGUCCUCAAAAGAGAGGCAACUGAUGCAACUGCAAAAAGUAGCAAACUGCCCACCCGCCCAGCUAGUACUGUGUCUGGGGCCAGUAGUUCCUUGGGCCCUUCUGGCUCAGCAUCAGCAGGUGAGCUGAGCAGCAGUGAACCCAGCACCCCAGCUCAGACUCCACUGGCAGCACCCAUCAUCCCAACACCAGCCCUAACUUCUCCUGGAACAGCACCCCCGCUUCCUUCCCCAUCCAAGGAGGAGGAGGGACUGCGGGCCCAGGUGCGGGACCUGGAGGAAAAGCUAGAGACUCUGCGGCUAAAACGGGCAGAAGACAAGGCAAAGCUAAAAGAGCUGGAGAAACACAAGAUCCAGCUAGAGCAGGUGCAGGAAUGGAAGAGCAAAAUGCAGGAGCAGCAGGCAGACCUGCAGCGGCGCCUCAAGGAAGCACGAAAGGAAGCCAAGGAGGCACUGGAGGCAAAGGAACGCUACAUGGAGGAAAUGGCUGACACAGCUGAUGCCAUCGAAAUGGCCACUCUGGACAAGGAGAUGGCUGAAGAGCGGGCUGAGUCUCUGCAGCAGGAGGUGGAGGCACUGAAGGAACGUGUGGACGAACUCACUACUGACUUGGAGAUCCUCAAGGCUGAGAUUGAAGAGAAAGGCUCAGAUGGGGCUGCAUCCAGUUAUCAGCUCAAGCAGCUCGAGGAGCAGAAUGCUCGCCUGAAGGAUGCCCUGGUGAGGAUGCGGGAUCUUUCCUCCUCUGAGAAGCAGGAGCAUGUGAAGCUCCAGAAGCUCAUGGAAAAGAAGAACCAAGAGCUGGAAGUGGUGAGGCAGCAGCGUGAGCGAUUGCAGGAGGAGCUGAGCCAGGCAGAGAGCACCAUUGAUGAGCUCAAGGAACAGGUGGAUGCUGCUCUGGGUGCCGAGGAGAUGGUGGAGAUGCUGACAGACCGCAACCUCAAUCUGGAAGAGAAAGUGCGGGAGCUGAGGGAGACCGUGGGGGACUUGGAAGCGAUGAAUGAGAUGAACGAUGAGCUGCAGGAGAAUGCACGUGAGACAGAACUGGAGCUGCGGGAGCAGUUGGACAUGGCGGGCGCCCGAGUGCGUGAGGCCCAGAAGCGCGUGGAGGCAGCCCAGGAGACAGUUGCAGACUACCAGCAAACUAUCAAGAAGUACCGCCAGCUGACUGCCCACCUACAGGAUGUGAAUCGGGAGCUGACCAGCCAGCAGGAGGCAUCUGUGGAAAGGCAGCAGCAGCCACCUCCAGAGACAUUUGACUUCAAAAUCAAGUUUGCUGAGACCAAGGCCCAUGCCAAGGCAAUUGAGAUGGAAUUGAGGCAGAUGGAGGUUGCUCAGGCCAACCGACACAUGUCCCUGCUGACAGCUUUCAUGCCAGACAGCUUCCUUCGGCCAGGUGGGGAUCACGACUGUGUCCUGGUACUGCUGCUUAUGCCUCGUCUCAUUUGCAAGGCAGAGCUGAUUCGGAAGCAGGCUCAGGAGAAGUUUGAGCUAAGUGAGAAUUGUUCAGAACGGCCUGGGCUGCGUGGAGCUCCGGGGGAACAGCUGAGUUUUGCUGCUGGGCUGGUGUACUCGCUGAGUCUUCUGCAGGCUACCCUGCACCGUUAUGAGCAUGCUCUCUCUCAGUGCAGUGUGGAUGUGUAUAAGAAGGUGGGCAGCCUCUACCCCGAGAUGAGUGCCCAUGAGCGCUCCUUGGACUUCCUCAUUGAGCUGCUGCACAAGGACCAGCUGGAUGAGACUGUCAACGUGGAGCCUCUCACCAAGGCCAUCAAGUAUUACCAGCAUCUGUACAGCAUCCACUUGGCUGAGCAGCCCGAGGACUGUACACUACAACUGGCUGACCACAUUAAGUUCACUCAGAGUGCCCUUGACUGCAUGGGUGUAGAGGUAGGACGGCUGCGUGCCUUCCUGCAGGGUGGGCAGGAGGCUACAGAUAUUGCACUCCUCCUCCGGGACCUGGAGACGUCAUGCAGUGACAUCCGACAGUUCUGCAAGAAGAUCCGAAGGCGGAUGCCGGGCACAGAUGCUCCUGGGAUCCCAGCUGCACUGGCCUUUGGACCACAGGUGUCCGACACACUCCUGGACUGCAGGAAACACUUGACGUGGGUGGUAGCUGUGUUGCAAGAGGUGGCAGCUGCUGCUGCCCAGCUCAUUGCACCACUGGCGGAGAACGAGGGCCUGCCUGUGGCUGCCCUGGAGGAGCUGGCUUUCAAAGCAACUGAGCAGAUCUAUGGGAGCCCUUCCAGCAGCCCCUAUGAGUGUCUGCGCCAGUCCUGCAACAUCCUCAUCAGCACCAUGAAUAAGCUGGCCACAGCCAUGCAGGAGGGCGAGUACGAUGCAGAGCGGCCUCCCAGCAAGCCUCCUCCAGUUGAGCUGCGGGCUGCAGCCCUUCGUGCAGAGAUCACAGAUGCUGAAGGCCUGGGCUUGAAGCUCGAGGAUCGGGAGACUGUUAUCAAAGAGUUGAAGAAGUCACUCAAGAUUAAGGGGGAGGAGCUGAGUGAGGCCAAUGUGCGGCUGAGCCUGCUGGAGAAGAAGCUGGACAGUGCUGCCAAGGAUGCAGACGAGCGCAUCGAGAAAGUCCAGACUCGGCUGGAGGAGACCCAGACGCUGCUGCGGAAGAAGGAGAAGGAAUUUGAGGAGACGAUGGACGCUCUCCAGGCUGACAUUGACCAGCUGGAGGCAGAAAAGGCAGAGCUAAAGCAGCGGCUAAACAGCCAGUCCAAGCGCACAAUUGAGGGGCUGCGGGGGCCCCCGCCCUCAGGCAUUGCUACGCUAGUGUCUGGCAUUGCUGGUGGAGGUGCCCCUGGGCAGGUUCCAGGAUCUGUGCCAGGCCCUGGACUGGUGAAGGACUCACCGCUGCUGCUUCAGCAGAUCUCUGCCAUGAGGUUGCAUAUCUCCCAGCUCCAGCAUGAGAACAGCAUCCUAAAGGGAGCCCAGAUGAAAGCAUCUUUGGCAUCUCUGCCCCCUCUACAUGUUGCAAAGCUGUCCCUGCCACCCCGUGAAGGUCCCAGCAGUGAGCUGGUAGCAGGUGCACUGUAUCGGAAGACCAGCCAGCUACUGGAGACAUUAAAUCAGCUGAGCACGCACACCCAUGUAGUAGACAUCACUCGCAGCAGCCCUGCUGCCAAGAGCCCGUCGGCCCAGCUUAUGGAGCAAGUGGCUCAGCUCAAGUCCCUGAGUGACACCAUUGAGAAACUCAAGGAUGAUGUCCUCAAGGAGACAGUAUCCCAGCGCCCUGGAGCCAUGGUCCCCACUGACUUUGCCACCUUCCCUUCGUCAGCCUUCCUCAGGGCCAAGGAAGAGCAGCAAGAUGACACAGUCUACAUGGGCAAAGUGACCUUCUCCUGUGCAGCUGGCCUUGGACAGCGACACCGGCUGGUGCUGACCCAGGAGCAGUUGCACCAGCUUCAUGGGCGCCUCAUCUCCUAAGCACUCCUUGUCCCACUGUCCCCUUCAGCCCUCAGCACCCUGGUGCUGCUCUGCCCGAUGCACAGCCACCAUGGCCAACCCCCAGGUAGAUCCGUGUGGUCUCCGCUGUUCCUGCCCUGUUCAGCUUCACUCGCAGCCUAUCAGUGCCCUGAUCCCAUCCUUUGACCUGGGGUUUCCUGUCCCCGUUCAUUCCUUAGCCUCUACCAUAAUCUGUGGUUUGGCUGCUCUCUCCUACCUGAGGGGCCUCAGGGCAUGUGGUGGGUAGGCUGAGACCCCACCACCAAAGGUUGAGUGAGGUCCCCUGACUGAGGACUUCACCCCUUGAUUAAAGCGACUUCUGCUUCA